AUGUCCAAGUCUGCCCAGGCAGUACGCGAAAUUAUCGCUGAACUUCCCCUCUUUCAAUCUCAUGUUCAUCAGGUUUUUUUGAAAGAGCUUUGCUCCAUCGACAAUCUCACCAAAGAAUAUGAAAUGGGAAAGCGCCUGGCCCUUAUUGAAAUUCACACCUGUCCUGUCACCCAAGGUCGUUACAAUGUUGUGUUGUUGUCAAGCUUACACACUACAGUCGUGGUUUGA